AGUUGUCCAUUGGUUGCUGAGAGCGAAAUGGGUGCGGCAGCCCCAGCUGAGAGUUGAAACCAAAGGGAAGGAAAAGUGGGAACUGUUGCCGCCGCUGUUUCUGGCGCUCUGCUCUCUUCGCCCCCACGCGCGCAUUCACUUCAUCUCUCGACCGCGACCGCCUUGCCUCCACCUCCUCCCCGCCACUCCCUUUUCUGGCGGCCAACCUAGCUCGCGCUUCCUAAAUGGAAACCGACAUCCGUCGCCGCUGCAGCGCCGUGCAACCUCGUUCCCUUCCACGGGCACUCCUCUAAGCCCAUGCCAUGCUGCUGACCUUUCUCCCGGCGCUGUUGGCCGUUUUCGCUCCAUCCUUUCCCUGCCGAGGCUGGUCUCCCUCGGCUUCUUCAGAGUCCGGAAGAAAGGAACCGACAAGACUCUCCUUGCCGCCCCUCAAUUCCUCUUCAUCCCCCAAGUCCUUUGUAAACUGGGGCGCGUUUCCGACCGAUUUUGAGGAAGGGCGAGAAGAGGCCACCAAGGCGGCGGCUGUAGCUACUCCUUCACCCGAGCCACUGCGCUCCGCGCCCCAGCAGGAGCAGCAGCCCCGAGAGGAGCAGGCGUGCAACAUCAGCGUGCAGAGACACAUGCUGAGCUCAUUGCUGGUGCGCUGGAGCCCGCUGGGCUUCCAGUGUGACCUCGUGCUCUUCUCCACGAACGGCCCCGGCGGACGCGCCUUUUUCUCGGCCGCCUUUUAUCGAGUCGGGCCGCCGCUGCUCAUCGAGCAUGUUGCGCUGGCAGCUGGUGGUGUACAGCAGGACUUCCGCCUAUGCGUGGGCUGCAGCUGGGCGCGAGGUAGGCGCGUCGGCCGCCUUCGCCCGGGCGCCUCCAACCCAGCCGCGUCGGCUCCUCCUUCGGCUGCCCUCUACUCCUGGUCUACUCCGGACCAGCCUUGGCAGCAAGGGGAGCGACUCCACUUCUGCUGUCUGGAUUUCAGCUUGGAGGAUCUCAAGGGAGAUCCCGGCUGGAGGAUGAAUCGCAAGCCCAUCGAGUCCACCCUGGUGGCCUGUUUCAUGACUCUGGUCAUCAUCGUGUGGAGCGUGGCUGCCCUCAUCUGGCCGGUGCCCAUCAUCGCCGGCUUUUUGCCCAACGGCAUGGAGCACCGGAGGAGUGUCCCCACCUCGACAUCAGCUGCAGCGAAAUGACUGCCUUCUUCCCUUAUCUGGUCCGAUGUCAUCCCAGUUUUAUCGUUGGGCUCUGGAUUGGGAAUCUUGCUAUAAAUUGAUUGUUUUUUUGUAAUGUUAAAAGGAAUCUAUUUUGUAAAUUAUUAUAUUAAAGCCAACUUCUUGAUGUUGGAUGUAGAAGGCUGGAGUUAGGUAGAAAUCUUCAAACUGGAUUGAUUUCUUGUCAGUAAUUCUUUUAAAAAAACAACCUAUACCUGCUUCUAAUUAGUGUAGUAAGAGACUUUAUAGGUAUAUUUAUAAUGUGCUCAAACUCAUAUCUGAAGGAAAUGACCAAAACCUGUGUAUUUGCUUUAUAUAUUUAAAAAGAAACUCUCUUAAGUCAAUAUUUUAGCAAUGCACACAGAAGUCCAGUGCAUUUUGCAGUAGUUGUAAGUCAUUUGUAUACAAAUACAAAUUGUAUUUGCAAAUGUAAAUUUACUAAAUUUACUAAAAAGAAACUUUUUGGCAAUACUUAAAUUUGCUAACAGUACUUGAUGGAUGAAUUUCAGGUACUCUUUUAUAGUGUGUGUUUGUAUGGUUAGAGAUUAGAGAUACUGUGUGGUUUCUUAUGUACAUUUGUUCAAACAUUAAUACCGAUUUUCUUUGCUGAAGUGUCCAGACUUUGCAUGGUAUUUUUCUAUAAGUGAUUUUGCAAGUACAAAUCAAAUAGAGGAAGAAGCAGAGCGCUGGGGCCUCUCUUUAUCCUCAACAUUCAAUAUAAAAUACACUGUGGAAUGAUGGAUUAUUUUAUUCUUCUGAUUUGGUAAAUCAAAUCUUUGAAAAGAUUGAUAAAGCUGCCUUUUCCAACCUAAUAUGACAUAGAAUUCAACAGUUCCCGCAUAUCUAGGAGAUGCCAGAGGGAUAAGGCUGUCUAAUUUCUGGUGUAACCUCUUGUUUUAUCCCUUUUUAUAGUAACAAGAAUUCUACCAUUAGUAGAUUGCAGAUGAGGAGUACAUUGUGUGCAGAACCCAUGGUUGUAUGUAAUUUAUAAUAAGCAUAUUUAGCCUAAAGCCCCCUACCUCAUUUAUUAAAAACCUCUUUGAGACAAUUGCCAACUAAGUGUACAUUCAGUUAGAUUCAGAUUAUUAAUUCUAAAUUAAAUUUGGAAAAUUAGGGUUCAACCUGGAUAAAUUAAAAAAUAGUCAUACAUUAUGUAAUUUAAGUGAUAGCAAGUUUCUGCACAUUAUUCUGAAAUUGUUCAGAAUAAUAAUCCAUUUUUUUUCUAAUUGCUUCCCAGUCAAAUGAGGGAAAGUUAUGGAGAGAAGUAUACAAAUAGAUUUGCUUAUCUUCUUAUUUGCAUCAUAAUGUUCAUAUGAACUCUUUUGAAUAUGACACGUGCACUUUGGAACUGUAAAUGCAUUUUGGGUCAUUAGUUAAUUGUGGUUACAAAAUUAUUACUAAUUAUUACUGUAGUUGAAUUAGGACUUUGGACUCUCAGGUGGAAAAACUGGAAGAACAAUUUUGUUAGUUCAGUUGGGCUUUGGUCAAUUAAUUAGGAAUAUAUCUCACCGUACAUAUUUUUAAAAGUAGAUACUCUUGGUGAGAUAUAUUCCUAAUUAAUUGAAUUAUAAUAUUCAAGGUUCACUGUGAAAAUUAUGUAUUCCUUCUUUAGAAGUGUUAGGUAAUAGAAGACAGCCAAAUUCAGCAAAUAAACUGGGACAAAUGUAUAUUAUACUGUUAAGGAAAUUAAAUCUUGUAAUUUACUGAGGCUUA